GGCAUUUUCCAUGAAGAAGAGGUGAUAUUCAGUAGUGGACAGCAGUUUUUGCCAUCUCUCCAGCUCAGCUCUCAGCAGCUCCUUGUGACUUCAUAGCUAACAGCUUUGGCUACUUGCUCAUGAUAUUGUCUCUUCGAUCACAGAGCAAACCCACUGUCUCACCACUGGUCUACUAAACUUGUACUCAAUUCUACUUAGUUCCAGAAGAUAUAAUGGAGACAAAUACAGAAUCAUCACCUAGAAUGCAAGUAGAACAUUCCUCCCUUUGGGUGGAGAACCUUAUUCUGCAGCCACAAGUGCAGCAUCUGGCUGAGGAGAAUAUUAAUCUAAGGGACCAAGUCAUGCCUGCUCUGGCCACCCCAAUGAUGUCUUUACACUGUUCACUUAAGAAUCUCUCCCAGUUUCAUGGUGACCCUGCCAAUAUCUCAGGGUUUCUUGCUCAGGUGACUAACUAUUUGACAACUCUCAAGAACACCAAUCCCAUACACGAUGCUCAAGUCAAAUUAUUUUUUGACCACCUGUCUCAGCAGAUGGAAAGUUGUGGGAUGAUAUCUAGGUCAGAGCAGAAUGCUCUGUUGAAGCAAUAUGAAAACUUUGUUCUUGAGUUCCAGCAGUCAUUUGGUGAAUCCAAAAGACAGGAAAUAAACCCUCUGGUGAAUGCUAAUGUUGAUGAAGGGGACAACUCCUCUCAACAGGAUGCUACCAUUUUCCAGCCUCUUGCUCAAAAUCUGAGCUAUAAUAAAACCAAUGAGAGUGAUCACUUCCAAGAGGGCCUACCUGAGCCCAUUCAGGAUGAAGUGAGUGGCACAGAUAUGAUGGACAACCUCCCAGACCUGAUCACUCAGUGUAUUCAGUUAGACAGAAAGCAUAGUGCCAAGCCAGAGCUCUUACAAUCAGAGGCUCCACUCCCAGUGUUGUCAUCACUGAUCCACUACCAAACCCUCUCCAGCUCCUCAUGUCCAUCAUCCAAGGAGCAUAUACAGCUGAGAGGAAGCCAGCCACCUCUCACCCCUGCCAAACGAGCCCGCCAGCAAGAAACUCAGUUGUGCCUCUACUGCAGCCAAGCUGAUCACUUCACAAGAGAUUGCCUUGCAAAACGAUCACGAGCUCCAGCAAGGAUAAAUAACCCAGCUCACCAGUAAGAGGAGCCAAGGCAUGUCCCUUUGUGAACUUACAUUCCUCUCACCUCCAGCCUUACUGAUUUAUAUCCUGCACUAAACAUUUAAAAUACAGAUGGGAACUGUGAUACCACUUUACACAUUCAUGUCCUUCUGGAAAUUUAAAUAACCAGAUAUUAUUUAUUUGUUGACCCAUCACCAAACUUAACCCAACAACGAUUAAAACAAUUCACAGGUAUCGAUACUUUCUGCAGUUGGUACUAAUUUUCCAAGAGUACUGUAACCCUGCAGGCAAAACUCUGCCUAGUCUUUGCCAAUGAAAAUGAGCCUGGAAAUACAUUAAGAACCUCUUCCCCACCAGUGGGUGAGAUCUAGUUUGAGUCUUCUGUGCCAAGAAUGGGACCACUCUUUUUACCCUCACCCUUAUUGUUCCCUGUUGGUUUAAGACUCUGGACUGAAGACCUAAUUUCAUUUUUGUAUUUCCUACCAAUAUUAUCCUACUAGAGGCUGGCUCCUGCUCCACCUGUUGACUAGAGUCCAGCUUCAACACAAGCCAACCUUCAUGGAAGCACAGUUCUGCCACCCUUCCAUAGAGCUAUAUUUUGUUGCCAUCAUACUGGGUCUCUUGGCUAUUGAUAAAACAGAUUGCAUGGCCUUUUGAACACUGUUUGGAACUGUUAGUCCACUACUAGCCCUUCAGAGAGGUACAUAUUUUUAGCCAAGCCCUAACAAGUCCAGCUUACUUUCCUUUUGCCAACCACCUACUUUAGGUUUCUGCAUGUUGUAUGGCCAAGUUAAAAUUGUCUAAGAUAAUGACUUCUGAAAAAUAUUUAGUGAAAGUUGGGGGAUGGUAUCCCAUCAUAAUUACUAUGUAUGCAUUGAAGACUGAGGGUCAAUCAGUCUAAAGUUUCUGACUUUAGAGGUUUAAGUGUGGUCACCAUGUAGGAUCACUGGCCAUUUAUGUUAAAAUCUACUCUUUUUUUUAAAUAUAUAUUUUUUAUUGAUUUUUUUACAGAG